AUGCCCACAAUUAUUUUUUUUUUCCUUCAGGAAAGCGCUAAAAGAAUUAGAUUACUGAAUUCAUCAUCAAAAGAUAAUGCGACUGCUUUCUAUGGAAUAAAUCAGUUUUCUCACCUGUUUCCUGAAGAGUUCAAAGCUAUUUACUUAAGAAGCAUACCUCACAACCUUCCCAGAUACGCAAAAGUGCCAAAGGGAAAGGAAAUACCUUUGCCAAAGAAGUUUGACUGGAGGGACAAGAAAGUCAUUGCAGAAGUGAGAAAUCAGCAAACAUGUGGAGGCUGCUGGGCUUUCAGCGUUGUGGGUGGUAUAGAGUCCGCCUAUGCAAUUAAAAGAAACAACCUGGAAGAGCUCAGUGUGCAGCAAGUUAUUGACUGCUCAUACAAUAAUUACGGCUGCAAUGGGGGAUCCACUGUUAGUGCUCUGAGCUGGCUGAACCAGACAAGAGUGAAACUUGUGAGAGAUUCAGAAUACACUUUUAAAGCUCAAACAGGACUGUGCCAUUAUUUUGAUCGCUCAGAUUUCGGAGUUUCAAUAACAGGAUUUGCUGCGUAUGACUUCAGCGGUCAAGAAGAAGAAAUGAUGAGAAUGCUUGUUAACUGGGGCCCUUUGGCAGUAACAGUAGAUGCAGUUAGCUGGCAGGAUUAUCUUGGUGGAAUCAUACAGUAUCACUGCUCCAGUGGAAGAGCAAAUCAUGCUGUUCUUGUGACUGGUUUUGACAGAACAGGUAGUGUCCCAUACUGGAUUGUACAGAACUCUUGGGGGCCUACGUGGGGAAUAGAUGGCUAUGUUCGUGUUAAGAUAGGCGGCAAUGUCUGUGGUAUCGCAGAUACAGUUUCAUCAGUUUUUGUUUGACACUUCUCUGGGCCAAAGAACACAAAUAUCGUUUGGACACACACUGUAUAUGAAGAUGUAUUUCAAAACAACAUUUUCUAAAAUAAGAAAUUGCUAUAAGGGCAAUUCCUGCUUCUAGGCAGUAGAUGGCUGCAGUUUUUAAAAACAUUUUUAUGUUGGAUUUGUGUUGCGUGUCAAAUUUCUCACAGAAUAAGAAGACUCAGAAUCAACUGCAGGGUUACAAAGAUGGACUGAAACCUCAAAUGUGAACUCUAUCCAGAGUUGAAUACUAUUCCAUAGAAAAAUCUUAAAAGGAAAGCAGUAGUGGCAAAUGAGAAGGAAUUUGGAUCAAAAAAUCAAUAGUAUAACAGUGUAUUUUGAAUUAUUUGAAUAUAAAAAGAACCAUGAGUAACAAUUUAGAAAGUCAGCAAUUACAGAAUACAUCAAAUCAAUUGAGUGUUGGAUUUCCUGCGUUAAUUGAAUUCAGAGGUGAGACUUCCUGGGAAUCAAAAAGGGGUUCCAGCUUUGCUGACAUGUGAAACUGCAGCUGCAGGCAAAUGUAACUAGAACUCACAACCAAACGUGUAAUUCUAAAAUGCUCUGAGUCUUCCAUCUGCAGUGCUUUACCUGUGUCUUUUAAGAAGCCCUGCUUUGAAAAGUAUUGAAGCAAUUUUGUAAUUUUUGCACUCAAUUACUGUACCAUGUUAAUAGUUUUUUAUAAACUUUUUAUGAAAAAUGCAAUGAGUGUUUAUAUUUGUCUGUUGUAAGUAUUACUGUUUUAGUCCUUCUAAUUGUUAAUUUUUUAAAUUAAAGGAAGACCAAGUGGAUUA